GGACGACGGACGGCACGUUAAUGUCCACCACCACCACUGCCACCACCAUCACCACAGUUUGUUUCCCGUUCAUUUCUUCCCACCAACAAACACCAUCACCACCACCCAAUCCUUCGACAACCACCGGAGUCCGCAGUCCAACAGUCGUCAAAGUUCAAACAGCUCGAAUCGUGUCCACGGCAACUCCCGAAAUAACUCCAUCUCCGACGGGCAGGGCGUCGGAUUAUGGAUACGAACCAACGUCGUGCCUCCUCCUGCCUCAUGCCUCCUCAAUGCCUCCUCCCGCCCCUUCAGGCCCCAGGCUCACUCCGGAUCCUAUCCAACAGUGCGGUCCAGUGUCUACUCUAGGCUCGCUCGCUCUGCAGCAGGUUCCACUGAGCAGUGAGCACUCCUCAACGUUCUCCAUCACACCCAUUGCACAAACACACCCGGUCAACCAACACCAACACCAACAUCCAUCCAUCCAGGCCUCCGCUUCGGCGUGCUACUACAGUACCAUACUCUAGUGCUCCCGCAGCAACACUUUUCCGGCUUCUCCGCCAAACGUAUCUGGAUACACGGAAAUCCCUCGUCCCAACCGGUUAGCACUUGGACACUGGAAACGAAAGAAAAAAGAAGAAGAAAAAGAACGGAAGAAAAAAAAGUCGCCUUAUCUACGCCACUACAUAUUCCGAACCUCUUUUAUGGCAG